AUGAGGAGGCACAGGCUCGUGUUUGGCACGGAUAUUGUCAAGAUGUUCCGUCAGAUACGAGUUCACCAAGAUGACUGGGAUCUUCAGAGAAUCCUGCGGAUCGACGAGAAUCAACAACCAGUCACCUACCAGUUAACGACAGUCACCUAUGGACUAAAUUGUUCUCCAUGGUUGUCGUUACGUGUUCUUCAACAACUAGCAGAAGAUGAAGGGCACCGCUUCCCAGCAGCAGUAGAGACACUCACCAGAGGUCGUUACGUUGACGACAUUUACGGCGGUGCAGAGACAGAAGACGGUCUCAAGGAGAUCGCAACGCAACUACAAGGGCUUUGCCAUGCAGGAGGCUUCUCUCUACAGAAGUGGAGCAGCAAUUGUCCAGAGCCUCUGCAUGAGUUAGGCCUUUUAACUGAAGAAGAAAUUAUCCAGUUCGAGGAGUCAGUCACCAAGGUACCUGGAUUGUGUUGGCAUCAAUCCACCGACACAUUCUGGUGCAAAUCAAAGGACUUCAAUACGAGGACAAUCACCAAGAGAGUAGUCUCUUCUGAAAUAGCCCAGAUCUUUGAUCCACUGGGAUUUAUCGCACCAGUUGUCGUCCAGGGAAAGAUUCUCCUACAAGAUCUUUGGAGAUUGAAAUUAAAAUGGGAUGAUCCUCUUCCAGACGAGUAUGUUCAACGCUGGAAGACAUUCCGAGAGAAUCUCAAGGACCUAGAUAGAGUAACUGUACCCAGAUGGCUGAGAAUUUCAACAGAGACACUCAACAUCCACAUUCAUGGAUUUGCAGACGCUUCAACGGUAGCCAUGAGUGCAGUGGUGUAUAUUCGCGCCAAAACCAUCAACGACUCGACAUCAACAGUGCUGGCAUGCGCGAAGACGAAGGUAGCACCACUCAAGCGCAUGACCAUCCCUCGUCUAGAGCUCACAGCGGCUCUUCUACUAACUCAGCUAGUGGCAUCAACGGAGCAAAUGCUCCAACUAGACCAGGUAGACACCUAUCUCUGGUCUGAUUCUUCAGUAGCACUAGCUUGGAUUAGGAGCCACGCAUCAAGAUGGAAGGACUUCGUCCACAACAGGGUCGUCAAGAUCCAGGAAACUUUCCCGAAUGCCACCUGGAGACAUGUCAGUGGAAAGGAGAAUCCAGCUGUUUGCGCCUCCAGAGGCAUAUCACCGAGCCAGCUAGCAGAUCAUCAACUGUGGUGGUCAGGACCUGAAUGGAUCAAUCAGGAUCCUGAAGAAUGGCCACAAUCAGCAAUCGGCGUUCCAGCCAUGGACAUCCCAGAGGUGGCCAGAGAAGCAAAACCAGCACAUCCAGUUGCAAUUAAAAUCAACGAAAUUGCAGAGCUACUCAACAGGUAUCAGACGAUGGCUAAAUUGCUAGCCGUAACAGCUACGGUCAACAGAGCUAUCGACAUAUUCAGGAGGCAGCCAAUGCCCCCGGGACCUGUCUUGACAACAAGAGAACUCAACCACGCGAGGUUAUUUUGGGUAAAGAUAACCCAACAUCAGUACUUUGGGCCAGCCAUUGGAGUACUCCAGAAAAAUCACCAACUACCGAGAAAUCAUCAACUAGCUAAGCUGACACCCACACUAGACAACGAAAGGAUCAUGAGACUUGGGGGACGCCCCAAGAACUCGCAGUUAAAUCCAGAUGAAAUUCACCCAAUAAUCUUGCCUCGCCAGUCACGCCUCACCACACUAGUCAUCAAAGAAGCUCACCGCAAAACACUCCACGGAGGAACUCAACUCACCUUGGCCUACACACGUCAAAGGUACUAG